UCUAUAAUAUGUAGAUAGCAACAGCAAUAGCUUUUCAAGAAUCAGAAGCUAAACUCUCUCUUCUGAACAGAAGAGGCUCCAGCUUCCCAAAAACUGGAAAGAGAAUUUUAAGGUUCAAAAUGGGGCCUUUUGCAUUAGCUUUGGAUACAAAGAAUUCUUUUGCGGCCUCCUCUUCUGCUACAGAUGCAUCUGGUAGAAAAAUGGAUAACCUUCAGAUGGUACCAAAAAAGUUCUUCGCAUCAAUCAACAAUGGAGAAGAGAAACCAUUUGAUUUCCUACGGAUACUAUUUGAGGGUGUGAUAGCAGGAGGGACCGCCGGUGUUGUUGUUGAAACAGCUUUAUAUCCCAUUGAUACAAUAAAGACAAGGCUGCAGGUAGCUCGUGGUGGAGGACAAAUAGUGUUGAAAGGAUUGUAUUCCGGGCUUGCUGGAAAUCUUGCUGGAGUCCUACCGGCUUCUGCUAUUUUUGUUGGUGUAUAUGAACCGGCAAAGCAGAAGCUAUUGAAGAUGUUUCCUGAAAAUCUUAGUGCUGUGGCCCAUCUUACUGCUGGUGCUUUAGGAGGCAUUGCUGCUUCCUUCAUUCGUGUUCCAACUGAGGUCAUUAAGCAGCGGAUGCAAACUAGGCAAUUUGCUUCGGCUCCUGAUGCUGUUCGCUUAAUUGUUUCAAAAGAAGGUUUUAAAGGUCUUUAUGCGGGAUAUGGGUCAUUUCUACUUCGAGAUUUGCCAUUUGACGCGAUCCAGUUCUGUAUCUAUGAGCAGCUGCGGAUAGGUUAUAAGCUGGCAGCAAAAAGGGAAUUGAAUGAUCCAGAGAAUGCAGUUAUCGGUGCUUUUGCUGGUGCUCUAACUGGAGCUAUAACUACUCCUCUUGAUGUCAUUAAGACAAGAUUAAUGACUCAGGGUUCGGCCAAUCAAUACAAAGGCAUUGUUGAUUGUGUAAAGACUAUUGUUGCAGAAGAAGGGCCUCCAGCACUUUUAAAGGGCAUUGGGCCAAGAGUGCUUUGGAUAGGCAUUGGAGGAUCAAUAUUCUUUGGUGUUCUUGAGAGAACAAAGCGAUACCUUGCACAAAAUCGUCCUGAUAAUGCAACCUCAAAGAAGGAUUAGUUUCUAUGCUUUUCUUGCCCUAGCUGCAUGGUAUGGUUAAAUUGAAUUUAGUUACUAUUCAGUAUUGCCGCCAUUUGCAGAAAGUCUGACUAAGCUAGAAAGUAAGUAUCCAUAGAGGUAAAGAGAGAAGCUAUCCUUGGAUUAAUGUACAAAUAGAAAAAGAGAAGUAGCAUCUCUGGUGAUAAAGUUUCAUAUUGCAGCUUUUGCUUUCUCCUGUUAGAAAGUCUCUGACCAAGGGAAUUUUGGAUGAUGGAAGAGUUCAUUUAUUUCUUCAAGUCACAGUGUGUUUAUUCUCAUGCAUAUCAAUAAAACAAGUCAAUUAUUCUUCUCUUA